UCUUUGUACCCCCGAUUCUUUAUGCAUGUUAACAUCGAUUAUUGCAUCAAUGCUGGCAAAUUUACCAUUUUUCCAAAAGUUUGAUAAAAUCGAUUACCGUAUUGAUGGAGGAGGGUUUUACAAACGACCAAGAAUAGACCAGUGCAUUACCGUGUUGAGUUAGUUUAUGCAUAUUUGUUCCAAGGCGCUCUACUUUCCUUGGUGCUCUAUUCUUGAAUUCGUCAGGGGCCUUGUCUAGGAUAUAAAACCCCAACCCUCGUGCACUUCCCCAGUCGGAGCUUACUGUAGCUUAAUUUUUGCGCUAACCAAGUCUAAUAUGCAUUACUUGCACUGGAUGCGCCUUGUUGUUGUUGAAACAAAAAAUGGUGGUAGGAGAGUUGGAUUGACCUUUUCUGUAAGGUAUUUAUCAGAUUGUGGCGUUAUUGUGAUGGGUGAAGUUUGAACUGAUAUAUGGCAAGAUGCUAUACGGGAGUAGAAAUCUCUUACAUUAAGCUUCAGUCUCUGAUUCAAUCUGUAUUCAACUGUUAGAUUAAGAUUCAAACGCUGAUUCAGCAUGUAUUUACUGGUCCUGUCCUAUAUUAUGUGUAGUUGUGGUAUUUCCUCUUUUAUGUAUGCUUGUUUAACAUACUGUUUAUUGAGAGAUGAUAACAUCAUUUUUGUCCUGUUCUCGGAAUUGGCUUUUUCCCUCCCUCGGGCCUCAAGGUUGCUGGCCCUCGCCUUCUGCAAUGGACUACACCUCGGAUGGAGAUUCUGAUGUUGAAGCUUAUGGGGCCAGCACUUUUCAGCUUCUGGUAUCAGGAAAUUUAAAGGUGAUGAGUGAUGAAGGUGUGUACCGAUGCCCAUUUUGUUCAGAUGAAGAGAAGGAAUACAGCCUAGAUGACCUGUUGCAGCAUGCCUUGGGAGUAGGGGAUGCUCGUGACCUGCAGGCGAAAGAGAAGACAGACCACUGUGCUCUUGCAAAAUAUUUGAAGAGUAAGCCAGCUGAAUCAACAUGUGGCUCACUGUUGCAGCCAAUGCUUAUAGAUCCACAGGUUCAUCAACAUACCAGAGACGAGCAGUUUGUCUGGCCCUGGAUGGGUAUCCUAGUCAAUAUGCCAAAUGAAUUCUUUGGCAAAAGUGCGAAUAGGCUGAAGGAGCAUUUGUCAUCUUUCCAUCCAGUUAAGGUGCAUCCAGUCUAUAACAGAGGUAGUCCCACGCGUGAUGCAAUUGUUGAGUUUGGGAAGGACUGGGGUGGUUUUAGGAACGCACGGGCCUUCGAGAGUCACUUUACGAUGAAAGGGUACAGCAAAAAGUGCUGGAAGGAAAUGAAGUGCGGACGUACAGAGCCUGUUGGGUGGAUGGCAAGGGCUGAUGAUUACAAUUCUCUUGGGGCAAUAGGUGAGCUACUGAGAAAAAAUGGUGAUCUGAAAACUCUCAGUGAUAUUGAGAAUGAUGGGACAAAUAAAACUGACAAACUGAUGGCUAAUUUGGCUUGUCAAGUUAAAAAAAAGGAGAUGCAUUUAGAGAAACUUGAGUCUGAGUACAACAAGAGAUCUGCAUUGCUUGACACACUGAUGCAGAAGAGGGAACAGCAGGAACAGUCGUAUACUCGAGAAAUCCUCAAGAUGCGACAGCUUUCUCAACAAAAUACACAAAGAGUUGUUGACGAGAACCGGAAGCUACGGUCAGAUCUUCAGGGAAUGGUGGAUGAGCUUUGUACAAGAAACAAACACAUUGAGGAGUUGGCUGCACAGAGUGAGUGCAACAGUAGGGAGCUUGAGUUAGAGAAGCAAAAGAAUGCAUUGAAAGCCAAUCAUCUUAGGUUGGCCGCAUUGGAGCAGCAGAAAGCUGAUGAAAAUGUUAAUAAGAUUAUGGAGAGACAAAAGAGAGAGAAAGAAGCUGUUCUAGAAAUGCUUCUGAGGCUGCACACACAGUCGGAAAAGAAGCUCAAUCUUGAAUUAGACAUAAAGCACUUGAUGGGAAAAUUACAAGUGAUGGAGCUGAAGCCAGGAGAUGAAGGUUCUGAAUCCAGCAAGAGGAUAGAUGAACUAAAAGAGGAGCUCAGUGAGAAGAUAACUGAACUGAAUGAUGUGGAAAGCUUUAACCAAAUUUUAAUUACUAAAGAAAGCAAGAACAGCGAUGAGUUGCGAGAAGCUAGAGAAGUGCUGAUAGAUUCUCUGCAGGGUUUGUCUGGCACCACUAGUUCCCAGACACAGAUAGGCAUCAAGAGAAUAGGCGAGCUUGACUCCAAAGCAUUUCUGAACAUGUGCAAGCGAAAAUUUGCUGCAGAGGAUGCUGAAACCGAAAGUGCUAUCCUUUUUUCAAAGUGGCAGGAUGAAAUUAAAAAUCCAGAAUGGAAUCCUUUCAAAGUUAUUAUGGUUAAUGGGAAUGUUCUGGAAGUAAUCAGGGAGGAUGACAAUAAGCUCCAAGAACUGAAGGAGCACAGCGAAGAAGCCUAUGCUGCGGUAACAAAGGCACUAACUGAGCUGAAGGUGGGCAAUGGCAGGAGGGAACCUUUCCUUGAGCUGUGGAACUACAAGGAGGGGCGGAAAGCCCAGAUGAAGGAAGCGAUUCAGCAUGCCCUGGAGCUGUGGAAAGCAAGCAAGGCAAAUGGCAAGAAAAGGCGUUGACGCAGUGGUUUCAUCCUGGUUGAUUCAAGGCCCUAGAAUGAGACUACUGCAGUCUUAUAGACUUAUUAUUUUGGUGUGCAGUGCAAUGGUAGUUAACCAGUUAACCUGGUGCCUUUUGCUGGAUCUUCAUAUCUAACUACUCUGAACCAUCCUGGUGGUAGGCAGUGUGAUGUCAAAAAUAUUUAGUACCAAGUAGAACAAAUGCUGCAAUUCUGCUCCAACCAAUAGACUAAUCAAGUGCAGAAAUACUGUCCAUCGUUCAGUUCAUGUGA